AUGUCGUAUAAUGAUGACUGUAAAUCAAUCGAUGUGAUUAACAACUCAAGUGUGUCUGGUGUUGAUGAAGUGAAGUCAGUGUCAGUGACGGUGGGAGAUUCAGUCACUCUAUACAUACAGAGAGACGAUGAGAUCGAGUGGAGGUUUGGACCAACCAAAAUUCUCUUAGCUGAAGUCAAAGAGAACAAUGACUUCAAAUUUUAUAAAGAUAGUGCUGGUGGGAGAUUCAGAGACAGACUGAACCUGGAUCGGACUGGAUCACUGAGCAUCAUAAACACCAGCACCACAGACUCUGGAGAAUAUAUAGUAACCAGAACUAAAACAAGUGCUGUACUAUACACAUUCAGACUUGGUGUCUAUGCUCCUGUUCCUGUUCCUGUCUUUAUGAGACACUCUCCACAGUAUUCAACAUCAUCAGAAAGGUCAUCGAAAUGUCUGUUGCUGUGUUCAGUGUUCAAUGUGAGUCAUGUGACUCUCUCCUGGUACAAAGGAAACAGUUCAUUGUCCAGCAUCAGUGUGUCUGAUCUCAGCAUCAGUCUCUCUCUACCUCUGGAGGUGGAGUAUCAGGAUAAUAACCCCUACAGCUGUGCAGUGAAAAAUCACAUCAGCAACUACACCAAAGACCUGGACAUCACUAAAAUCUGUUCAGGUGUGUUUGGUGAUGAUGCACUGACUCCAGUGUCAGUGAUAGAGGGAGAUUCUGUCACUCUAAACAUUGAUAGUACUGAUAUACAGAUAAAUUAUGUGAUAGAGUGGAGGUUUGGACCUGAAGGCAUUCUCAUAGCUAAAACCAGCAAACAGAACAAUAUGAAUAUGUUUCAUAAUAAUAAUACUGAUGGGAGAUUCAGAGGCAGAUUGAAGCUGGAGCAGACUGGAUCUCUGAUCAUCACAAAAUCCAGAAUCACAGACACUGGACUUUAUAAAGUAACCAGCAACAGCACAGAGACACCACACAACACAUUCAAUCUUACUGUCUAUGCUCAUCUGCCGAUCCCUGUCAUCACCAUUUACUGUCCACAAAAUUCUUCAUCAUCAGUCUCCAAAUGUGUGCUGUUUUGCUUUGUGUUCAAUCUGAAGAGCAAAAACGCAAAGAACAUCAGUCCUGUUGGGGAUGAGGAAUGA